AAAGAACGUGAAAAAAAUAUUGAGGAACAAAAUUUAGGGAGUUUUAUUAUUGUUCUUCAGAGCUCUAGAGUCUAGACUAUCAGCGGCUCCUCCUUUCUCAACAACCCAUUCCACUAGAAUUUUGAGGUUGCGAGCUUAACUAAGAUCGAGGUAGAUGUUAUGAAUUCCUUCUCCUUUUCGACUUGAAGGUUGAAAAGGAACAAAUACUAAGGAAAUCUAAAUAAGACAAGAGAUGUUUUCAUUGUUUUAUGGACUCUGGAAAUACAUAUUUAGUAAGACGGAGUUUCAUGUCCUCAUUCUUGGAGUCGACAAGGCUGGGAAGACUACUUUACUGGAGAAGUUAAAGUCAGUGUACUCAAACCUUGAAAGCCUGCCUCCGGAUCGAAUUGUUCCAACAGUGGGACUAAAUAUUGGUCGAAUAGAAGUCUCAAAUACAAAGCUUGUUUUCUGGGAUCUAGGAGGCCAGCCUGGUCUCCGUUCAAUCUGGGAGAAAUAUUAUGAAGAGGCACAUGCAGUUGUCUACGUAAUUGAUGCUGCAUGCCCAUCUCGCUUUGAAGAUUCAAAAUCCGCAUUGGAAAAAGUUUUGCGCCACGAGGAUUUGCAAGGAGCUCCUCUUCUGAUAUUGGCAAACAAGCAGGACCUAGCUGAAGCUGCAUCGGGUGAGGAGCUUGCUCGGUAUUUAGACCUUAAAAAGUUGGAUGAAAGGGUUUACAUGUUUGAAGCCGUUUCAGCAUAUGAUGGGCUGGGAAUAAAAGAAAGUGUAGAAUGGUUGGUGGAGGUAAUGGAGAGGAGCAAGAGAACCGAAAUGUUGAGAGCUCGGACAAGUGCAAUGGGCCCUGCUUCUGUGUGAAGGAAUGAUACUAAAAUGCAGUUAUUUUUUUGUCUGGAUUCUGUGACCUUUUCUUGUGUAGAUAAGUCGGGUUUAGUUCCAUAUCUUCAGAUAAAAAGCUGAUCAUUUUUUUUUAUUUUUUAUAUAUAUAUCUCAGCCACGAGCUGCUUAACUCUGCA